UGUUGUGUUUCCUCUGGUGCCGCUGGGCUUCAUUCUACCACAGUUGGCAGCCGCGCCAUCACCGCACAUGGGCAGCACAUGUCGCGUCCGGCAGAGUAACCGUUCCCCCUGGUCUGUUUGCUCCGACUGGAGAUCACUAGAGUUCUCGGGGAAAGUUUAUGAGUGAGACGAGAUGGGACGAUAGCCGUGUGUGUUUGUGUGUCGACCUUUUCGGGAUAGUAUCUGAAUCGUGCGCGGUAUCACGAUCAGGACUAGGGGAUCCGAGUAUCUGUGGAUUGGAGAUUACUACUACGCGUGUGGAAACGACCCGAAACUGAAGAAUACGUGAAAUUUUGCUGUAUUUUUGUCGUCUUUUGAGGCAGAGAGUGCUAGUCAAUGCCAGCCGUUGCCUCACACAAGAGAAACUUGUCCCAACCGUAUGUAUACGAGUACCAAAUCUGAGAAGACCACAGACGACCCAUUCAUAACACAGGACUCCCCGCUAUCACAGCAAGUACUUUUCGCGGAUUUUGCCGGGAUCCAGACGAGGGAUUUUCUUCGGCUGUUCAGGAAGAAAAGGAUUUCGGCGGUAUUUUUAGCGGAGACGUCGGGGAUAAAAUGCAGCGAAACGUGAGGAAUUCUACCAGAGACUCCGGCGGUGGGGGUACGGCCUGGCUACCGAGAAGGGACGCCGAGGUCUGGCGGAGAACCAUGAAGGACGGAGACUUUCCCAAAUCAGGGUGUCCGCUAGGGUUCCACGGGAAGAGCUGUGCUCCGGUGUGCAGAUGUCAGAACAACGCCGGCUGUAACCUGGUCACCGGGGAGUGUUAUUGCAGGAGCGGGUUCACCGGAGAGUUCUGUGAAGAAACCUGUCCUGAAGGGUUUUACGGUGUGAACUGCAGGUACAGAUGUCACCACUGUCACAGCGGCACGUCGUGCGACAGACGCACGGGAGCCUGCUACGCUAACCCGUCGUUCGCGACCUCCGAUUCGAACAAAGACCUGGCGCUUGGCGCGCAGCUGACGGCCAACGGCGCAUUGAUCGGCGGUUUUCUGCUGGUGUUCGUCCUCAUGAUAGUGCUGGUCGCUGUUAUUGUGUUCUUCCGCCGUAAGCUGAAGGAAGAGAGGCAGAGGCGGAUGGAAAGCAUCUCUUCUGUGUUCUACCAGCGAACAACAAGAAAAAAGGGCAACGAAUACGUCACAAUAGAUAAUGCAACGAUACAAGACAACAGUCACUUGCUCAACGGAACCCCUCCGCCGAUGAGCGCCUCUUCACGGAAGUCUUUGACUGUAUCGUUCCGCGACGCCACGGCAGACAGGAACGUGAACGUGCUGGAGACCAUUGCCGAAGUGGAUGAUGGGGGAGGGGGCGCCUGUGGGACCAUAGUGUCGUCUGACUCCUGUUUCGCGGGGAAAAGUUCCUAUCGAAAUGGCGCCAUUUCGUGUGUCUGAAAAAACCGUCUGACAACAAGACAUCGGAAAUUUCCUGGAAAUAGGUGUUCAUAACCUUCAAGUUCACAGACUUCCGGGAAGUGUUUUGGGUCUUUGUGAAUGUAUUGGGAAUGUGGACGGGAUUGUAUGAUGUAAUUUAAUCGGGUAUUACACCACUUCCUGAAUUCCUCCACAUACCAUCCACUUACUCCCACCCGGCUCGCUGCUGGGUCACCUUCAGGCUUGACUUUCCUCAAUCAACUGUCAAAAUCACGUCCCACCCACCAUGCAACCGAAGCUAUUUAGUACACGUAGAGACACAAGCACACAACUCAGCCACCCAAAACAAUACUUCUGAACUCGGCAGCACAUAUAUUGUCAAUCUAUCAAAUUAUCCAGGCAGAUACCACUAUAGGAAUGUGUUAAAAUAGUGUAUGGGGAUUGAAAAAUACAUUAAUGAAGAAAGUGAAAAGGUACAUAUGAUAAAGAACUAUAUCACGGUCAAGU